GUCUCCCUCUCGGAUAUCUCAAUCAAUUAGAGCAAAGACUUGCGGAAACCGAGUCGGCCCUUUAUGGUGCUCUCAUGGCAUUGAGCUCGAUGGGACCAGCAACCACUCUGCUCCAAGCCACUACGAAGCCGGACUCGUUACAAUAGUCGAAAGCUGCACGAAUGGAGGAAUGGUCGCGAUUGCCGCUUCGAGAUUGGCCUGACAUAUACCACUGGAAGGCGUCCAUGAGCGAUCAAUUUACCCUCAACCAGUCGCAAGGGGGACCGCUCAUGGAAAGUUCUGCAGUUAGUCAUGCCGUUUCGGCUUCACCGGUGGCUACUACUGCCCACAGCCACAGCCCUCAAGGUGAAAUAGAAGGGCCGGGACCGGCUAGUUUUGCUUGGCAUCCAGGAGAAGGUGUCCACAUGAACAGUCCCUAUAACGUCUACCUCCAGCCCCCUGGAAUGGUGUCUUCUCCGGUAUACCCAAGAGACCCAGCUUCCGGGUCAACUGAGGCUAUAAUUAAUCCUUUUCCCGAUUAUAGUAACGCCACGGCGACGGGGGAUAGUGGGAAACAAAAUGAUCACUCCACGAUGGCGGACGAGCUGUCUAAAAGCAAGCCGAGUAUAUACUUUUGAUCACGAAGAAAUGAAAUUGAAGACUGUGUGGG